UCCCAUCUUUAGAGAAACUAUGGCCGUGGAGGAGGAGGGGCUGCGCCCGUGGUGGAGGACGUGGCGUCGGAGAUCCUCCUCUUAUGGGCGCUCAACGACCCCACUGCCCGCCGGCACAACUUCUUCGUCCGCCACGCUGCCCUUGGUCUUCCCAUUGCUUUCGUGUGGCCGCCAUGUCUCCAUUGAUCCAGUCCCCUUCCUCUAUGGAGUGACGGGGGCGGUGAUGUGGGACAGCGGAGUGGUGGUGGGGAAGUUCUUGGAGCACGCUGUUGAUGUUGGGGAGCUGAGUUUGAACGGGAAGAAGGUCGUGAAGCUCGGUUCAAAGUGUGGGUUGGUCAGCUGUGUUGGGUGGGGAUGUGAUUCUCACUCAUCUUCCUGAUUGGUUGAAGCUGUUGAGCAGGAACGUGGUGUCUACUUUGGUGGGAUGAGGUGUUUGAGGAAAUGCCAAUGUGAGUGAGUUUAGUUCACUUGGGAGAAUGGAUAUUUGGAAAGAGGCUUAAAAAGAUAGGGCUUUGGAGAAACUCUAUUUCCUUGAUCCUAGUGAGUAUAAUAUUAUUUCAGAAUACAUGUUGAUUGUCUUGCUUGGAGAAAUUAAGCAAAUAGCAUGGAAGCCUAGUUUUUUUUUUUUUGGGUUUGCAGAUUUCUUAAAAUUAUGUAGGCCUUAUGGCUCUAAGCCUUUGGACUAGUGUAUCAGGUAGAACAGUCUACAGCCAAUGUGGUAGGUUGAACUUUGUUGGUGGUUUUGUAGCAAGGUUGAUCUGUUUCUAUAUUUACUGUUAAAACGAGGCAUACCAAGGUACCACCUGCUUGUCUGAACUUUCUUGAACACUUGGUAUGGUGUAAAUAGAAUGCUACUCAUAACAUUCUUUUUUUUGAACUCUAAGAAAUGUUUGCUGUUGACUGCCACCCUCUGAGGACACAACUUGUUUUAGGUUGAAUAUUUCAAAUUAUGAAAAAUAAAAAUAAAACUUGGAAGGAAAUCAAUACAUUCUCUAGAAUGUUAAGUACAAGAAAUUAGAAAGCAUGAAUUAUUGUUAAGCAAGGAUUAGUUGAGUCAUGUCCUUUCAAGAAGUUAAUGAAUUGUUUUAGUUGGAAAGUGUCAUCAUCUUGUGUACAUAAGGAAUGACUGGAUUCAUGGUUACAAACCAAUAGCAAGCUCAAUCAUCGACCCUAGCGUGCCGCUCCAAGUCACAUCACAUUAAAUUUCAAUGGUAUAUCAAAAGUUAAUCCUAUCUAAGAAAAUUUAAAUUCAAGACAUAAGAAAAGUCAGCAUAAUUAAAUUCAUAUCAACAUCUAUUUAGUUAAUAGAUAGAGUAUUUAAUUAUCUAUGAAGAUUACUUAACAAAGAAGAAAAUAAAAAAGAAAAAUCAAAUGCAUGGCUGCAUACUGUCUACGUGCGACAACACUAGUUUUGAAAAUUGGAGAACCCUUGUCUUAAUGCAAGUAUGAUUUAAGUGCCCUUAGUAGAACAUGGAAGAAUGGGAUCUUUUAAGUCAAGUAGGGCAUUACUUAAGCAGCUCAAUGUCACAGUAUUUGUUGUCUUUGAGCUUUCAAUCCCUAUUGAUGAUUCCUAAGCCAUUAUAGCUCUUGAUAUAGACGACCUUUUUACUAAUCAAACCUCAUUGAUAUUCAAUCAUGUUCACUCUCUUUCUUUCUAUAAAUUAAUCACUAGAAUUAGUUAACUUCAGAUAUUUUUAAUGCAUGCAUGAAAGAUGAUCAUGGAUGGAGAUCAGAAAUGGAGGAAAGUUCAAGUGAAGUUAGAGGACCAUCUUAAAGUGUCAAUGUUUCCACAACGUUUGGAACGCUAUGAUGAAUGCUUGCAAAACUACAUUUCAAGUAUAUCAAUGGAGCCAUUGCCCUUCAGCAAGCCAUUGUGGGACAUUGAUGUUAUAAAUAACCCCUACAAGCAGUGCAGCAGGGACCUUGGUCUUUAGGCUUUACCAUGCUUUCGGUGAUGGUUAUUCUCUUAGGACUGCACUGUUUUCAUGUCUUAAAAUGCUGAUGACACUUCACAUCCUCCCACCUUCCCUUCUUCUAAGCCAAGAAGAGGAUGGAGUUCAUUUUAUGGGUUUGUUCAUUUAUUCUAUGCUUGUAUGAACCCCAUUAGAGACUUCAUAUUGU